ACCUUUACCUGGUCUAACUGCAGCAAUACUUUAGAGUGACACCUAUAUUAUCCUGGGACUUUAUUUGUAUUUAAUUGCCAUCAUGUUUGCUGGUUGGGGAGGAGAUGAUGAGGACAAUGAACCGAUGAAUACUUCUGACCAUCCUUGGUACUGGUUCUAUCAAGCAGAGUGUGGCAUUUGGCACAGAACUGAGGACGAUCCAGUGAACUCCAUCAGCAGCUCAGAACUGGAAAUGCUUUACUUUAAAAACCCUUAUGGAAUUACUAACCUUAGCACAGCAGGAGGAAACUUCAAAAUUGAUUUUCAUGGGUACCUGAGGACCAACCUAAGGACAGGGCAGACUCAAAAAUUAAAACGCUCUUCAUUCACUGAGCAUGUUAUCAGAUGCAAAUGUGCAAACCAGGUGCCACCUGUGCCUGCUCACUGGGAGAACAUGGACCCUAAAACACCUUUCAAGACUUUCACUCUGAACUGGCAAUCAAGUGAGUUUAAAGAAGUGGAGAGAUAUGUGCAAGAAAUUGGUCUCCUGCAGGAACCCCUGAAAGUUCUCUACAGAAUACAGAAUGUUGAUCUCUGGGAGCUGUACUGCAGAAAAAAAUCCCAGCUGAUGAGGAUAAAGGGUCAGUUAGACAUUGAAGAACGAAUGCUCUUCCACGGCACAGGCAAAAACAAUGUGCAUAAUAUUUGCUUGUACAAUUUUGACUGCAGAAUAUCAGAGUCAAGAAGAUGCGGUCAUAUCUACGGUAAAGGUACAUACUUUGCCCUACAUGCAGCCUACGCAGACAGUUACAGUAAGAAACGAAGCCAAGAAGUUAACAGCACACGAGUAAUGUUUCUCGCACGUGUGAUCGUUGGGAAGUACACACAAGGAAGAAAAUUAUACACACAGCUCUGCCCAUUCCAUUGGACCUUCUGGUCCAAUCAGCUGCCCUCAGCAACUUAAAGCAGAUACGCAGAACCUUUAUUUUUAAAUAAAUUUCUGAGUGGAUAGUAUCUCUACCCUUGACUCUUGUAUGCUGCAUAAAUGGGAAUUUAAAAAAUAUAUAUAUACAAGAGUUCAAAAUUGACUGAAAAGUUGGCAUUCGAGCUGCCCCGCUGAGCCAGCCAGCCCUGAGUGCGUGACAUUGCAGCAGGAACUGGUUUUAAGGCCGAGGCCUUUUACAGCUAUAGACCAAAUUUAUAUAAAUAAAAAUUUAUGGUGAAAGUAAGAAAUACCGUUAGUGACUUGCUCAACUAAGACUGAUUUGACUUCAUUGAUUGUGGGUUGACUCUCAUUAAAACAGGAUAGGUGUUAUAACUUAUGCAACAUACUUGUACAUGCA